AUGACUUUGGAUAUAUUUUAAAAGAAUUAAAUAGAGUAGAGUAACAAAGAGAUAACUUUUAGAAAGAUGAAAAUGUAUUUAACUUAGUAUUUCAUCAAAUAUUAUUAAAGAAUGCCUUAAAAUAAUCACACUUUGGAUAUCUAUUAAAAAGAGCCUUUGGAGUAAAGGUAUAGGCAGUAUCAAGGUGAUAGUCUUGAUAGAUACAAUUUAAAGCUAUAACCCUCUUUACAUAUUUUAUUUCAUAAAGAAUAAGAUAGGCUGAAAAAAAAUUUAAGAAUACAGAAAAUUUAAAUAAAGAAAGUUAAGAUUCACCAAAGAAACAAAGGUUUUGAUGGUUAAAAAUUACAAAUCCAAUAAAUAAAAGAAUUAGAAGCUCUUUUAAUUUUCAUAAUAUGA